CAGACCGUAGACAUACAUGGUCCAGGCACCAACGCUGCACCGUGGUUGGUGCUCAAUGGCGCAUCACUAAUCAAGCUCGGUUAUUUGUGUGAAGUUAACGCUAAGACGUACCCGGCACAAGGAACGAAUGCCGAGAUGGCUGACCUGAGGAGUCUUACGAGCGGGCAGAACGGCGCCCUGGUCAUUUUUGCCUUCCUUCAGGCGGACUGCAGGAAUUCAGAGUACAGUCAGGAGCUUCGCUCUCUGGGUCAGGAAAUUAAUCUCACCCGGGACAUCAAGUGUAAGGGCCUCAGGAAAGACCCUCUGGACGAUGGAGACCUUGAAACAGACGGUCACCUGCCCAGAUGCAUCACAGCUUCACUAGAUCAUUUUCAGCCUUCAGUGGAACUGCAGCGGCCUGGGAACCAUGCAGAUGCAGCAGCCCUCCAGCAGGUUGCACAAGAGCUGAGAGAAAUUGCAGACCAGUUUGAACGCUGUGUUGUGGCUCAGGCUACCCGCAACCUGAGCAGGAACAUAUUGACCUCCCCCUCUGAAGAAUGGAAAGACCACCUUUCCUGGGAGGUGGACAGGGUGAUGAGGCAGGGUGUGAAUCUGAACGAUCUACCCCAGGAGCGAAUCACUGUGGCCCUCACUCUCACCCUGGUGAAGGGAGUGUGUGAGCAGGCCCCACGACUGCUGAGAAACCUCUUCAGCAUCGCGCUGCAGUGCAUCAGCCCAGCAGGGGCCAGGUGACUUUUGAGCUGCUGAAUUACAGAGAAAUUACUGAGAAAUUUGUGGUGGAUGACAGCUGAAUUUGAAACUGACACCUGCUCCUUAUGUCAAGUCGACUGUGAAAGCUGUGUUGACUUAACAGUAGUGAGAACACUUACCAUAAAAAGGAAAGUGACAAUGAAUCUUUAUCACCAUGUUUUGAAAACAGGAAAUUUUUGUUUGUGGCACUUGAAUUUUUUCAUUCCUUUAUGUGACCUGAAUCUUCUUGCCUCUGUUUACUGUUGUUUAAAAGUGUAUGUUUUCAUUUUAUACUCACAUACAUGAUAUAAAAUUCAUGAUUUCUUUGUAUUCAGUUAUUUUGCUUUUGGCAUAUACAUGUAUGUAUGUGGUACUUGAAUAAAUAUAUUUUUCCUGGGAUUUCAGUCUCAAAUACUGUGAGAUUGUACAACCCUGAUUCCAAAGAGGGUGUGACUGUAAAACAAAAAUGAAGCAGAAUGUAAUAUUUGCUAAUCCUUUUUGUAAUAU